CAGGACCCGCAGCGCCCCCGCUGGCCCGCAGCCUCGGCGCCCGGCGAGCCUCGGACCCCCCGCCCGCGUCGGCCGCAGGCCCCGCCGCCCGGGGAGCCCGCCGUCGCGCCUCGACCUUCCUCGGCGCGGGGGAGACCGCGGCGGGCCGGCGCAGGUCGUUCAUCAGCCUGGCGCGGCCGGAGUGCGCGGAGGCCAUCGGCCCCCAGUCGUUCCAGCUGAAGUCGCGCCUCGGGCAGGGGUCGUUCGGGCAGGUCUUACUAGUGGCGUGCAGGCGGACGGGCCAGUUGUACGCGAUGAAGGUGUUGCAGAAGCGGCAAGUUUUUGCGAAGAACCUUGUCCGGUACGUGAUGACGGAGCGAAACGUGCUGUCCUACGUUCGACAUCCGUUUAUCGUGCGGCUGCAUUACGCGUUCCAAACGGACACUUGCCUGGCGCUUGUGCUCCACUACUGCCCGAACGGCAACCUGUCGCAGCUCAUCGCGCGACAUGGGGCGCUCGGGGAGCCGCUGGCG